CGUUCGAAGGCACCGCAGGCGUCCGUCCAAAGUGACAUCACACAGGGAGAGCCAGCUAAACUGGAGACUCAGCAAAGUAGAACAAAGUUUAUUUUCGAGAAACUUUUUUUUCCUAUGGCAUCCACAAUAAUCCUUAGAGCCGUCCACCUCCAGAGAUGAAUAGUCGUUGAUCAGGUCGAGGACACCCACAUGCUCCUCAGUCAUUUCCAGAAUCCCCUGAAGAGGAAUUUAGCACUUCAGUGUUAUAUAAGGGAUGAAUGAGGGCCGUUCUGCAGCCACUCUUUUGAGAAGGUGCCAUGUAGCUCUGAGCAAGGCGAACACCCUUUCUUCAGUUCCUUCCAUGAUUCCUACCAUCUCCAUAGAUUCAGGGGAGGGAGCAGGUGGACAGCCAGAGAACGAUGCCGCCUUCCCUCUGUCUCAGCUCUCUGACCUGUUUGAGAGCGAGGAUGGCUCCCUGUCGGCGCAGGAUGCACCUCAGGAUGCGGCUGCAGAGCUGGCUCAGCCCGGCCAGCCUGGGGACAGCAGGCAAAACCUGCGUAUGAAAUUCCAGGAUGCAUUUAAGAAGGGCAUCUCCAGCCCUAUGGACCUACUGGAGUCUACCAUAUAUGAGUCCCCUGUUGUGCCCGGCCCCAAGAAAGCACCGAUGGACUCCCUCUUUGACUAUGGUACCUACAGAAACAACACCAAUCAGAAACGACGCAGGAAGAAGCUCCUGAGAGGUAAGACUGAGACAUCCUGUGAUGAGGGUUCAGGCACGGAUCCACCAAAGGUGCUGAAAAUAUUCAACCGCUCUCUCCUUUUUGAUUGUGUGUCGCGGGCAGACCCGGGGGCCCUCGAAGGCCUAUUGGAGUAUUUGCAGAGUCACCAAAAGAGGCUGACUGAUGAAGAGUUCAAAGAGCCGUCCACUGGUAAGACAUGCCUGCCCAAGGCUCUGCUGAACCUUUACAGUGGUAAGAAUGACACCAUCCCAUUGCUGUUGGACGUAGCAGAGCAGACUGGGAACCUCAGAGAGUUCAUCAACACGCCCUUCAGAGAUGUCUACUACAGAGGUCAGACAGCCCUGCACAUCGCUAUAGAGCGGCGCUGUAAGCAGUAUGUGGCGCUGCUGGUGGAGAAGGAAGCCGACGUUCACGCUCAGGCCAGGGGACGCUUCUUCCAGCCCCGGGACGAAGGUGGCUACUUCUACUUCGGUGAGCUGCCUCUCUCGCUGGCAGCAUGCACAAACCAGCCUGACAUGGUGCACUACCUGACCGAGAACUCCCACAAGAAAGCCGACCUGCGGCGUCAGGAUUCCCGUGGUAAUACGGUGCUGCACGCCCUGGUGCACAUUGCAGACAACACUCGGGACAACACCCGCUUCCUUACGAAGAUGUAUGAUUUACUGCUGACCAAGUGCGUCAAGCUGUACCCCGACUGCAACCUGGAGACUGUGCUCAACAAUGAUGGCAUGUCGCCUCUGAUGAUGGCUGCCAAGUUAGGAAAGAUAGGGGUUUUUCAACACAUUAUCCGGCGAGAGAUCAAAGACGAAGAAGCCCGCCACCUGUCUCGCAAGUUUAAGGACUGGGCAUACGGUCCCGUGUACUCCUCCCUUUAUGAUCUGUCAUCUCUGGAUACCUGUGGAGAGGAGGUGUCUGUGCUGGAAAUCCUUGUCUACAACAGCCGCAAUGAGAAUCGUCAUGAGAUGCUGGCAGUAGAGCCUAUCAAUGAGCUGCUCAGGGCCAAGUGGCAGAAAUUCGCUGCCGUCACCUUCUACAUCAGCGUCGUCUCUUACCUCAUCACCAUGAUCAUCUUCACCCUGGUGGCUUACUACCACCCAGCACAGGGAACGCCCCCAUACCCCUAUACAAAAUCCACUGACUACCUGCGUAUGGGAGGCGAGAUUGUCACCCUUGCAUCGGGAAUUUUCUUUUUCCUCACCAAUAUUAAGGACCUCUUCCUGAAGAAGUGCCCUGGGGUGAACUCUUUAUUUAUUGAUGGUUCCUUUCAACUGCUCUACUUCAUUUACUCUGUGCUUGUGAUAGUCACUGCUGCUCUCUAUCUGUCUGGCAUCGAGGCUUAUGUGUCUGUGAUGGUGUUUGCACUUGUUUUGGGGUGGAUGAACACACUCUAUUUCACCAGAGGCCUGAAGCUGACUGGCACCUACAGCAUCAUGAUACAGAAAAUUCUUUUCAAAGACCUUUUCAGGUUUCUGCUUGUGUAUGUGCUCUUCAUGAUUGGAUAUGCAUCAGCCCUGGUAUCACUGCUGACAGUGUGUCCUCCACCGGGCACAGACUGUAAGGGGGACUGCCCCACCUACCCCAAGUGCAGGGACCCAGACACCUUCAGCACCUUUCUGUUGGACCUUUUCAAGCUGACUAUUGGAAUGGGAGAACUGGACAUGAUCCACAGUGCCCGGUACCCUGCGGUCUUCCUAAUUCUUCUGGUCACCUACAUUAUCCUCACCUUUGUGCUGCUGCUCAACAUGUUGAUUGCACUGAUGGGGGAGACGGUGGGACAGGUUUCAAAGCAGAGCAAGAAGAUCUGGAAGCUUCAGUGGGCUACGACAAUUCUGGACAUUGAGCGCUCCUUUCCAGUCUGCCUACGCAAGUCGUUCCAAGUUGGUGAGAUGGUUACUGUGGGGAAGAACUGGGAUGGUACCCCUGAUCGGCGGCGGUGCUUCAGGGUAGAUGAGGUCAACUGGUGCCACUGGAAUCAAAACCUGGGAAUAAUCAAUGAGGAUCCAGGCAAGAAUGAGACCUUCAAUACCAGCGAAGUCCAGCAAACUGUCAGAGGCUUGAGAAGAGAUCGUUGGUCUACCGUGGUCCCACGCGUGAUGGAGCUCAGCAAAGGUCUGCGUCCACGUGAUAUUGUUGUAGAAAUGGAGCACUUGACACCAAGGCAUAGACCAUAUGCAGAGGGCUAGCGCCGUCCUUCUUGCUGGGGGUGCUGUGUGUCCAUCAGGACCAGUGAGGCCACACUACUGGUUAAAGAAACAGAUAGUGAGGUCAUGAGACUGUCUAUCUGGUUGUUAUGUGCACAAAGCUCUGCAUAUAAAUACGCUCAGUAGAAGAUAAACUAGGAUGGAGAGUUAAGCACACAGGAAGAAAGCACUGGAUCCAUGGUGCAACUUCUGGGGGAACCCCUAAAUCCACCACCUGGAAGAUAAGUAAGUGAAAAUAAAUAUUUAUAUAUAUCUAAAUAAAUAUUUUGAAAGAAGAGAGAAUGAAGAUGGAAAACUUAACCGAGCUGUAAAAUGGUCAUUUGUUAGCUAUUGAGUUAAAAAGGAUGCUACCAUGAGUUUAAUGUAAAUUGUGAGUAUAUUAUAACUCUGCAGACGUCUGACUCAGGGACUUAGAGUUUCAACUAUCUCAGUAAAAACAUUGUCAGUUUCAUUACAGUCUCACAGAAAAUAGAGACUUGGGUGUUUUGACAGCUAAAACAAGCAACAUUAUUGUAUUACUACUGUAAAAAAAAAUGGGUCAGAUAAAAAGAUCUGCAAAUCAAAAUGCAUAAUUCAAAUUGAAUUAACGAAUAUUGAAUUUAAUUAAUUUUGGAGGUAUUUUUUCAAGAUAGUAUAAAAAUUUGUAUACUUCCUUACAUCAUGACUUACAAUUCAUCUUACAUUCAGGUUUUUUAUUUAACAAUGUACAUUUUCAUUAGGUUUAUGCUCUACUGUAUAUGGUGCUUAUUAUAUUUAUCUUGAGGGAUUUUUAUCUUUAAAUUUAGACAAUGGGAAUUCAGUCUAUAUAUAAAAGACCUUUUUUUGUACAAUGUACUUUUCUACAUUUUUCCAUAAAUAGAUUAAUAGUUUCCCAGCUGUAAAGGACUUUAUAAGAAUGGGAAUGGGCUUAAUAGUCACUGCUGGCAGCACUGUUUUUAUUUCAUCUGAGACAAUGCACUGUGCUAUUUACUGACAUGUGCAUCACUUUAUGAAUGCAAGUACAUUGUUCUGAACAAGAUGGGCAUGAUGAGCAGGUUAUAGUUGUCAAGCAAAUAUGCAAAUGCAAAACAAUAGUUAUCCAUGUUAUGGUUUGUCUUUGAGUUUCCCGUGUUAUUGUUCCUUUGCAGCUGGGGUAUUUGCAUAAUCAACUCUCGGGCCUUGUUAUUAUGUGCCUCCCCCUAUUUGCUGCAGUCUUUUCAUUGUAUUUGGCUCCUUGCCCUAUUCAGCUUCUUGUUUAUGUGCAUCUACAGUAGGUAUGAAUGCAUACACUAUGUGUUAUUGUACUAGGUUAUACAGUUAGAUGAACAGGGGAUGGACCAUACAAUUCCUUUGUUGUCAGUUCAGAUUUGCUGAAUGUCAGAGGCCAUUGUUUGCUGAAGUAGCAUCACAUUAAUUAUUCAGGUGUCAUAUCCAUCUAUGAAUGUUUAUAUUGUAUGUAGUUUAU